CAUACACUCAUCAUAACAAUCCAACAUUAACAGAUGUGCCACUCUUAGCAUCCACCACUGCAGGAGAUUGUGAAAGCGAGAGAGAAACAGAGAGAGAGAGAGAGCUUUACAGGAGGACUGCGAAGUAAGUCAAAAGCUUCAGUUUUGAGAAGAACUACCGUCCAUGAGUCUAUGUUCGUAUGCACUCGUAAAGUGAGACGACAGUCGCAGUUCUCCACUGUCACCUGCUGCAGCGUAUCCUGCUGCAUACCUGCGAUACAGAAACAGGAGAAAAGAUUCAGAACCACGCAAACAGCCAAAAUGACACCUUGCUCUCCAAAAGCAUAUUAAGAAGCAAGAGACUGACCUUUAUCAUCCGAGAAAGCACCUUGCAAGCAUGGGCCACCAUGGUGGAGUGCUGCUCCUACUGUUUCCACUACCCUGCUUACUUUCUGCUCAACUCAGCACUGUGUCUGAACCCGAAAGCCCUUUCAGGCUGGAUCUCACUUCAACACCUUUUCCUACCGUCCCAAAUACUAGCAUCACUGCAGAAAUGUUGUCCACCAACAUCCCGUCCUCCAGUCAGGACCUCGGCCCAACAGUAAAAGUAAACAUGGAAGAAAACUUAGCAGAGAAUUAUCUCUACACUGGCGAGUGGUCGUCCUCGGUUGGGUCUACUUGCUCCCAGUCUUACCAACUUCCCAUUCAACGAGGGUCUCCGCCAAAAGACCUUCAUCCUUUCUUGCACCAAGCUGUUGCAUCACUCACCAACGCUGCCAAUUUCCUCAACUUGAUAUUCCAAGCCAGCGAGCUGAGAGAAACCAGCGUACGAGAGGAUAUCGAGUGGUAUCACGCACUUGUCCGGGCCAUGCUGGAAGGAGACAGGCCGGACCUGGUCAGACGAGCUUUUUUGACGUUUGAUGCCGACCCGACUAUCCAGGAGCCCCAAUUGGUGCUCCGUGCAUCUAAGGGUCUGACACAGGACAUCCUCUUGCAAGACCUCACUUCUGCCUGGAGCAGCCUCCUUCCUCCUGACCCCGAGCAAACCUGGUUUAAUUCAUUUAAGUACAGCUCUCCACCCCUCCAUGCUUUGUCUAAACGAGUACUUCUAAACGAUCUGAGCACCUUAGAGACACCCAAAUGGGCACGGGGUGACAGUUAUGUGAUUAAUAGCAGUGGGGUUCAGUGGGGCGGAUCUCCGUUUCUCGAGUGUGUAGAUGGACGACUUUCGCCAGGAUGGCUUAUCAGCCUCUCAAUGCCGUUUUAUGGGUUGAAACCAGAUCUCAGCCCAGAGUUCAGGGGUGUGAUCCGUGUCGACGUGAACAUCCAGGGAUUCAAUGUGGAUCAGUGUGCCAGUGGAGACUUCUGGUUUGCAAACACACACAAGUGUAAUCGUACCAGCACAGAGUGUGAGCCAAUCCCACAACAGGGUUUUCGUAUGGGUCAGUACUGCUGCAGAUGUAAAAAGGGCUACUACAUACAAAACAAAGAGGACAGCCAUGUGAAUGGUACCCAAGCGUGUUAUCCAGAAAUCCCUGUGUGCCUGCCCUGUUGGCCCGGUUGUGCUCAGUGUGAGGAUGGUGAGCCGUGUUGGGUACAGGAAGACUGGCUCCUGAGAGCGGCUGUCCUGGCUGUGCAGGGACUCUUCAUGAUCCUAGUGCUCAUCAUUAUGCUGUUAGCAUAUCAAUGCAGAAGAACCAAGCGGAUCCGAUCGUCCGGUCUUUUGCUGCUCGAGAUGAUCCUUUGUGGUUCACUGUUGCUUUACUUCCCUGUUUUUAUUCUAUACUUCAAACCCAGCACGUUUCGCUGUAUACUACUCCGCUGGGUCCGUCUGCUUGGCUUUGCUAUUGUUUAUGGGACUGUUACUCUCAAGAUGUACCGGGUUUUGAGAGUGUUCCUCUCACGUACAGCCCAGCGAGUGCCAUACAUCACAACUACAGGUAUACUGAGGAUGCUGGGAGUCAUAGUGCUUACUGUCAGCUGGUUUCUGUGCGCGUGGACAGUUGGUGUCCUUCAGAAUCGAGAUCGGAACGUUCCAUUACUGAUCAUAUCCACCACCUCAGAAGGACAGGGUUUCAAUGUGUGUGAUCUGGACCGGUGGGACUACAUGAUGGCUGUGGCGGAGCUGUUGUUUCUGUGCUGGGGCAGUUUUCUGUGCAGUGCAGUAAAGACAGUGCCAUCAGCAUUUCAUGAACCACGUUACACGAGUAUCGCCAUCCACAACGAGCUACUGCUCUCUUCCGUCUUUCAUCUUCUCAGAUUUGCCAGACCAUCACUUCAUCCUGACUGGAUGCUAUUGUUGUUCUUCACUCACACACAUGUCACCAUUACAGUAACACUCGGCCUGCUCUUCAUACCCAAGUUUCUUCAUAUAUCACGGUCAGGCCGGGAGGAAAUAGCUGCAGAGGUUUAUGAGGACGAGGUGGACCUGCGGCGCUCAUCCUCUAACCUUAACAGCAGUUUCACAUCCAACUGCUGUAGCGACCACAGUCUAGACCCUGAUGACAUUCGGGAUGAGCUGAAGAAACUGUAUGCUCAGCUGGAGGUCCACAAGACCAAGACGAUGACAAACAACAACCCCCAUCUGCCAAAAAAGCGCAGCUCUCGUAUCAGUAUUGGUCGCUCACUCAUUAAGAGAAUCACUGAGAUCCCAGAAAGCUUAAGCAGACAAUGCAGCCGUGAAGAUAAGGAUGUUAAUUCUGCAAUUGGACCUGUAAAUCGAACAGGAUCUUAUUACAAAAGCCAUCAAUCCACAAGCAUUAAUAGAAAUGAAUCGUUUUUGCUCCCCUCGCCAAAACUGCGGAAGUCCCAUAGCAUAUAUGACUGUGCCCCAGAGAGAUCUCACAACUCACAUUUGAACUCCUCUAUAAAAAGCACAACUAACAGAAGGGCAUCGCAGCAUUCUGACACAGGAUCAAUCAACACAACAUUGCUGGUCUGCAAGUCUGCCAGUGCACACAAUCUGACUGCAGACACUAACCUAUUACUUCCAGAGCCCUCUAGGUUUCAAAAGUCACUCAGUGUUAAAGAACACAAUGAUCAUCAUUCUCUGACUCCAUGUAGAAGCAUUGAAAAUGUGUCACUUUGUGCCAAACCAGCCCCAGCAGAAAAGCACCAGCAAAAUGUAGACGUCAACAUAAAGAAACAGACCUCCAGUGCCUUGCUUUCAGAGUCAUUUGACAAAGCAGAGGUGUGCCCAUGGGAUGUUCCAGAGGAGGUCCCUGCCCACAAGAAUCAAAAACAUGUCACAUAUUCUCUUGCAAACCAAGAAGAACCCAAAUCACCUGGUGGUGCAUCGUCACCAACACUGUUAUAUGUCUGUCCAUGGGAAUUCCUGCCAUCUCCUAGUUCACCUGCAACUGAAAAUGGUAAUGGAAUACAGUUGGAAGUUGAUCCAACAAAACACAAACCUCCGAUUUCUUGUAGUGCUCCAGGGUCUCCAAAUACAGUUUGCGGCAAGCCAAAGGAUUUUCGAGUGCUUUCUUUCCGCACAGCAACCCAAAACCUCCUUGCAUCAAAAGGCAUAGGGGAGAUUGGAAGAAGUCCGAGCAGAGAGAAAUGUCUUCAAGAAAGUAAUGUUAAGGAAGGAAUGUUACAAAAAUCCCUCUCCACAUCCAUGAGAUUGUGCCCUGGAAGUGCAGCUUCAGACAAGCGUACCCCACAGCCGCAUAGACGGGCUAUGACAACCAUCGGCACAAAACCUUGUCUUGUGAAACAAGCAGCAAUUCGGCAGCCAUCGACAGAUUCUCCUGAGAGGAGCCCUAAACAAAUACCACCUGUUCACAUUUGUCCAUGGGAGUCAGAGGAGGUGAUCAUGGAGGUCAGGCAGCAGAAUGUUAAUGAAGGUGCUUUACACAGACAAUACGGUGAUAAGCAAGUGUUAUCUCCAACACUAAGCAAUGAUAACUACAAACCUUCUGGGUUCCAACUUCAAUCUCUUUUGGUUGUACCAAACACAGAGGUGUGCCCAUGGGAUGUUCCAAAACCUUUUCAUCAAACCAGCAUUUCUGAAGUCUGUCCUUGGGAAGUUGUAGAAGCAGAAGAAUUGCAAAUCAAGAACAUACGUGCUGAUGUUUGUCCUUGGGAAGCAGAUUUGAACCCAUCAAGGGACACUAAGGACAAUACACUUGAUUCCUCUGUUCAGAAGCAGGCAAGCAUUAAGUCUGAAGUAUGCCGUUCCUAUGUACUCAACACAAAUGACCCGGAAGUCAGACAGGAAUACAUGAAAACCUUUAGUGAUUCAAUAAAACCUGGUGAAAGGGUCAUUAAUGUUCCUGCAGAAGAAAGUCCAGCACAUCAAGAAACAGUUCAAAGUAAUGCAUGUUCCUUGAAAACACUUGAAACACAAAAGCAAGAAUGUAACUUUCCUGAACCACCUCCACCCAUAACUGAAACAAGUCUUUUGGAUUCAGAAGAAAAUACCAACAUUAAAGGAACCUCUUCACAAGAGACUGAGACAACAAAAGCAACUGUAUUUCAAUUGGAAGUGGAAGAUUUUGACAAGUCAGAAAAGAUGUCAAGUAGCAAGAACAAGGGGGAAGUCCAAUUUAAAAAAGAAAGUGUACAUGCAGAUGUUUGUCUUUGGGAAACUGGUGACACAGUGAAAACACUGCGGAAGCAGGAAAGUGUUUGUGUAGAUGCUUGUCCAGUGGAAGCAGGAAAGACAGCAAAGACCUUUCAAACACAAGACAGUGUUCAUGCAGAUGUCUGUCCAUGGGAAACUGAAGUGCCAGUAAAAUUACAGCAGAAACAAGAACCUGGUCGUAUUGAUGUCUGUCCAUGGGAAACAGGGGAGUCAAGCAAGACCUUGCAGAACCAAGAAAUUGUCCGAGCAGAUGUUUGUCCUUGGGAAACAGGGGAGCCAAGCAAGACCUUGCAGAAGCAAGAAAGUCUCCGAGCAGAUGUUUGUCCUUGGGAAACAGAGGAGGCAAGCAAGACCUUGCAGAAGCAAGAAAGUCUCCGAGCAGAUGUUUGUCCUUGGGAAACAGAGGAGCCAAGCAAGAUCUUGCAGAAGCAAGAAAGUCUCCGAGCAGAUGUUUGUCCUUGGGAAACAGAGGAGCCAAGCAAGAUCUUGCAGAAGCAAGAAAGUCUCCGAGCAGAUGUUUGUCCUUGGGAAACAGAGGAGGCAAGCAAGACCUUGCAGAAGCAAGAAAGUCUCCGAGCAGAUGUUUGUCCUUGGGAAACAGAGGAGCCAAGCAAGACCUUGCAGAAGCAAGAAAGUGUUCGUGAAGAUGUUUGUCCUUGGGAAACAGAGGAGACAAGCAAGACCUUGCAGAAGCAAGAAAGUGUUCAUGAAGAGGUUUGUCCUUGGGAAAGUGAAGUGGUACUGAAAUCACAGCAAAAAACAAAAAGUGUCCAGAGAGAUGUUUGCCCUUGGGAAACAGGGGAUCCAGUGAAGAUUUUGCAGAAGCAAGAAAGUGUGCAUUCAGAUGUCUGUUCAUGGGAGGCAAAACAAUCACCCAAACAAGCUGUGACACAAGCCAACACCCAUGUUGUUACAUCAAAAAGGCAAGACAGUGUUCCAGAAACACCAGCAGAAACAGAAGGCAGCACGUUUCAAACUCCCACAGAGAAAAGAGACAUAACCAUCACACAGCCUGCAGAUAAAGGCACAGAAACCACAGAAGAGGUCAGGGUUACCACUCCUCUAGCUCGCCGUGAUGCAUUAUGCCCUUGGGAAAUGGAAAGGGGCAGACAAGAAUCAAUAACAGUGAAUGAUCAUUUAGACGUCUUUACUUGGGAGGAGACAAUACCAGAGGAAGAUGAUGGUGAUGCAGAAACUGCUGCGGAGGCCUUCAUCUUCCCUCCAGACUUGUGAGGGCAGCAUCAUUCUGCUUUAUUUACAUUGAAUGGACCAAUGUCACACAAUUCACAUAAUGAUGAAUGUCCCUCCACAGAGAUUAGCACAAUUUGACUUUUUUAUUUAAAAAAGGGCACCUAUGGCAACGUUAAAGCUUAUUAGGACAUAUAUAAAGAUACCAAUGCAGUCUGCCCCACUACACAUUCCCUUUGGCCUUUCAUUAACACAAAACCCUCGUUUAAUAUGGUAUUGUUUUGUGUCUUCGUGUUUAUAAGGCAGUGUUAAUUAUUUAUGCAUAGGAAAAACUACCAUGUAUGUGUAACCUGCAAAACCAAAUGCUGACAUGCCUGGGGUGGUGGAACAUUGGUGGAAAGCUGCAUACACUGUCAAAAAAAAAAAGGUCAAAAUAUGUACCCUAGCUGUCACUGGGCUGGUACCCUCUUAUAAAGUACACCUUUGUACCUAAAGAGUCACAUUAUAUUGGUACCAAUUAAAGCUUAUUAGUUACCCUGGAAUAUUACAGGCUAAAUACAAUUAAGUAACUUUUACCUCACUGUAAAAAAGAUUAGUUGGUUCAACUUAAAAAAAUAAGUUACCUUGUUGUCUUAAAGAGCACCUAUUUCAUAAAAAACGUUAUUUUCCACAUACCGUACAUUUUUGUAGUUUCAGAUUUCACUCUCUUCCUGAAACACGCAGAUUUGAAAAGCUCUGUGUCCCUGAUUGGCCAGCUAAUCUGUACGUUGUGAUUGGCCUGAAUACCUCUAACAUCAGCCGGAAAUGUGAUGCUCCUUACCAUGUUUGAAAGAUUUGGUUGCCAACAGGAGUGGUUGCUAACUUACAGGCUGUGAGUCCGAAGCGGGAGGAAUUAUGAUAAUGUCGGUCUUGUCUACAUCACCAAUCCCAGGAAGUAAACUGUUGCCUACAAUCUGUGUGUUUGUUGUAGUCCAAGAAGAGUGAUUUACGUUGGAGAUCUUAACUCGCGUCAUUGUUUACUUUAAGGUUUGUACUUUUUGCAUAUUAUUAACUUGAACCACACACUUACACACCAAAGGAAAUGUAAAAUCGUGAAUCGGACAAUAGUUGCUCUUUAAAAGUUGGAGUUCAUUCAACGUAAAAAUAAUAGUACACUCAAAAAUGUUGUGUAAAAAUUGUGUCAACUAAUAUUUUUAAGUUAAAUUAAAGGAAUACUCCACUUUCAUAAAAGAUAAUUGCACUAGCUGUGUGACCUUACGUACUAAGUAAUGCAAUUUAAACUGAAUUAAAACUGCAAACUGUUGAGGUCUAAUAAAGUCCACUAUAUGAAGAAAAAUCCUGGAAUGUUUUCCUCAAAAAACUUAAUUUCUUUUCAACUGAACAAAAAAAAAAACAUAUUGGAUGACAUUGCGUUGAGUAAAUUAUCAGAAUUUAAUUUAAGAAAGUGGAGUAAUCCCUUAACCAGGUUUUUUUUUUUUUAAGUUGAACCAACUUUUUUUACAGUGUAAGUUGUACAUAACAGCAUUCCAAUCAAACAAAUCAACAUUUGAAAACGGCUAAACAAGUCAUGAAUCUAAAGAUGAGCACCACAAUUUUUUUUAAAUAGGGCUGUCAAAGAU